AUGGAGUCGACCUUGGGAGAUUUGGACUUUGGAGCGAUUCCAAACAAGGGUGUGGAACGGAAAGAGUGGUUGGAAAGUCCAUACGGCAAGGAGCAACUGCGUAAACGUAUUGAGAUUUGUUUACCACAACAUGAUUUUACGAGGCAGUCAAUAUACAUGUUACGUACACAAGCGGGUAAAUUAGUGGCAAAAAUCACAUUCGGAGGUAACAGUUCCGUGCUGAUC